UAUUGAAUUUAAUAAUAAAUGGAAUAAUAAAUUUUUUUUAAUCAAUUCAAUUCAAAUAUCGUAAUUUCUACUUUUACUUUGGCCAUAAGUUUGUACAAUGAAAGUGAUUCAUGACUCGUAUUAUUUUGGCACCUAGGAUUCGAUCAUCAUUCAUGCCUUUUUGUUUUGAAAAUGAAUUAUUGAAAUUCAAAACAUUCAAAAAACAUUAAUACAUUUCAAAUUCAAUGUACAAACAUUUUCAAAAUGAAGUAUUUUCGUGCCAAUCAAUUAGGAAUCCAGAUGAUUCCAGAAUUUUUACAUCGAAAAUUAUUUGCCAAGAAAUUACCUGUUUCGAUAAAUAAUAGUCGCAAAAACAUGAUUAUUGAUCAGCUGAAAAAAUCCAUUCAAAACAUUGAAUUUAAAAUCGAUAAUACCUCUUCACCUAUUGUUACCAAAAAUCCUUGGCGAGAAUUGAUCGCAUAUCUUCCUGAAAUAACGAAUAACGAUGUUAUAACGCACAUUAAUAGUUUAGGACGACGUUACAGCGAACCAUAUUUUAAAAAAAUUGAAAAAUUAUUGCAAAUACCUGAUAAUUUGCUGACAAAUACACCGAAAAAUUGGAGUUUUAAUCAUGGCUGGACUCGUUAUGAAUUAGUCAACGACAGUGUAAACACUUGUUACAAAUCGGAACCAGUCGAACAUCCAUUGGAAGAUGCGUUAGUGUUCGAUGUUGAAGUAAGUUUAGACAAAAACAAUUACAAUCGUCCAACAUUGGCCGUAGCCUUAUCACCGAAUGCUUGGUAUUCGUGGUGUAGUGAUGCAUUGAUCAGCAUUAGUCAUGAUCAAAUUACGAAUGAUUUCAACUUUAGCAGCAAAAUCACCAUAGAUGAUUUGAUUCCAAUGGGAACAUUCGCCAAUACUGAGCGAUUAAUCGUCGGUCAUAAUGUCAGUUUUGAUCGUUCAUUUAUUCAAGAACAAUAUAAAAUUGAUCUAGAUCAGACUAGAUUUCUCGAUACGAUGAGCUUACAUAUCUGUGUGUCAGGCCUAAAUCAAGAGCAGAAAAUUUUUGCCAUACGUAAUGGAAAUCCUUGGGAAACCAUAUCUUCAUUGAAUAAUUUGAAUGAUGUAUAUAAAUUAUAUUGUCAAUCGAAAUUGGGUAUUUCAAAAGAUCCACGUGAUGUAUUCAUUAAAGGAACCAUGAUUGAUGUGGUUGAAAAUUUCUCUUAUCUGACCGAUUAUUGUGCUACUGAUGUUGUUGUAACCUUACAAAUAUUGAAAUCAUUAUUCCCUCAAUUCAUCGAUAGAUUUCCAUCGCCAAUAACAUUGGCUGGAAUGUUGGAAAUGUCUGUCAUGUAUUUACCUGCAAAUCAAAACACAUGGAAACGUUAUCUGGACGAAUCACAAUCCAUUUAUAAUCAAUAUAAAAAUGAAAUUAAUGAAACAUUGAAAGAAAUUGCUUGUGAAUCCUGUCAAGCAUUCGUGAAUGAAGAAUAUAAGAAAGAUCCAUGGUUUUGGGAUCUUGAUUGGAAGACACGUACUAUUGCUUAUAAAAAAUCGUUCAAAGAGAUUCAAUAUGACAAAUUUAAAGAUAAGGAUUCCUUCAUAAAAGAAUUAAUAGAAACAAAAAAACAUUUGAAAAAGAAUCAACCAAUUUUACCUGGAUAUCCGCAAUGGUUUGUGGAAUUAUGUGAAAAUAGCAAAUAUCUCAACAAAGUUGAUGCAUUGGAUUUCAAUGAUAUAUUCAAUUUUGAUCAAUUUAAUAUAACGACAAAAUUGCGAACUAUACCGAAAAUUCUACAGCUAAUGUGGAACGGAUAUCCAUUAUUUUUUGAUCAAACAUAUGGCUGGGGAUAUCUAGUUCCGUAUACGAAUGACGUAGAAGAUGAAUCGAAUUUUCUACCGUUUGAAACAAUGAAAAAAUUUAUCGAUGACAAUAAUUUUGAAUACUUGGAUCUUGAAAAAUGUAUCAAAGAUGUUAAAAUUCCUGGAUGUUUAUUCUUUAAACUACCUCACAAAGAUGGACCAAAUAAACGGGUUGGAAAUCCGUUAUCUAAGGAUUUUAUUAAAAAAAUCUCCGAUGGUACAUUAAAAUCUUCAAUGAGCACUGUUAGCAAUGAUCUGGUCUCACAUCAAAAUAAAAUCUCUUAUUGGGUCAAUUCUUCCAAACGAAUUCUGUCUCAAUUGAUCAUACCAUAUGAUCCCAAUACUGGUGACGGUUCCAUUUUACCAAGAGUUGUCGUUUCUGGAACGGUCACAAGACGAGCAGUAGAACCAACCUGGCUGACGGCAAGUAAUUCAUACCCGGAACGUUUAGGAAGUGAAUUGAAAGGAAUGAUACAAUGUCCCAAUGGAUAUUCAUAUGUAGGCGCUGAUGUUGAUUCACAAGAAUUAUGGAUAGCAUCAUUACUUGGUGAUUCAUAUUUUUGUGGUAUGCAAGGUGCUACCGGUCUGGGUUGGAUGACGUUGAAAGGCGAACGAAGUAAAUCAACUGAUAUGCAUAGUGUCACGGCCGCUACCAUCAACAUUACACGUAAUGAGGCAAAAGUAUUGAACUAUGCACGCAUUUAUGGUUCGGGAAUGGAAUUCGCUUCAAGAUUUUUAAAACAAUCUAACCCAUCUAUUUCAGAAGAGGAAGCCAAAAAGAAAGCAAAGAAAAUUUUUCUUCAGACUAAAGGUCAAAGAAAAAAAUCUUAUAUACAGACCGGCGAUGAUGAUAUUAAGUGGGUACGAGAAUGGUAUGGCGGUACUGAAUCAUAUAUGUUCAAUAAAUUAGAACAAAUUGCUACCUCGGCAGAACCGGAGACACCAUUUUUACGUUGUCGAAUUAGUCGAGCAUUAGAACCGACAGCAGUCGGACAUGAUUAUAUGACCAGCAGGGUCAAUUGGGUGGUACAAAGUUCAGCAGUAGAUUUUCUACACAUCAUAUUAGUAUGUAUGAAAUGGUUGAUGGAAUCGUUUCAGAUCAAAGGUCGAUUUUCUAUAAGCAUUCAUGAUGAAAUUCGUUACAUAAUACGUGAUGAAUAUCGUUUUCGUGCUGCUUUAGCAUUACAAUUUGCCAAUCUACUUACCAGAUCUUAUUUCACUUCAUCAUUGAAUUUGAAUGAUUUACCUGCAUCGGUUGCAUUUUUUACAUCAAUCGAGAUUGAUAAAUGUUUACGUAAAGAUGCGAAUGAUGAUUGUAAAACACCAUCCAAUUCAUUAGGUCUAUCCAAAGGAUAUGGUAUAUCGGCAGGAAUUUCAUUAAAUGUUUAUGAAUUAUUAGAUAUGCUAAAAUCUGAUCAAUCAUUCAUUCGAAUGUUUGAAGAUCAAACUAAAUGUAUUGAAAUUGAAAAUGUAAAUAAAAAAAUAUGAUUAUCGCCACUUUUUAUGAAUAUUAUAA